UUCUACUUGUAGUAAGAUAGACAGACCGUUGUUGUGAACCAAAAAAAUAAAAAGAGAGUACGAACCUCCGACGUCGACGAUGCCCACGUAUCUGCUCCUCACCGUCUGGUUCCUUUUGUGUAUUCCUGGUUCGGUUCAUCUGGUUCAAGCUCAAAACCGAACCGGAGCCACUACUCAUCCCGAAGAUGCGCGAGCUUUGAACUCCAUCUUCGCGGCUUGGAAGAUACAGGCGGGGGAACAUUGGAACAUCAGCGGCGAACUUUGCUCCGGCGCCGCCAUCAACAAGGACAUCGUCAUCGACGAUGAAAACUACAACCCUUUUAUCAAAUGCGAUUGCAGUUUCGCCAACUUCACAAAGUGCCGCAUCAUCGCCCUCAAGAUUUAUGAGAAAGAUGUUGCAGGACCUAUACCUCCACAGCUUUGGAAUUUGACCUACCUCAUCAACCUGUAUAGACUUUAAUUUUUUACGUUUUUCUUUAUUCUUUUUCUUUAUCAUCAUUAAGACUGACUUUGGCUCCAAAACUCCUAAUUAUUCAAAAAAAUCACAUGCCUCCUUCUUUUUAGGAACCUGGCUCGAAAUUUGCUUACAGGCUCCAUUUCUCCUGCAAUUGGAAAUUUGAUUCGAAUGGAAUGGCUGUAUGGCUGUUGAUUGAAUGAAACGUUCUUCUUCUUUUUUUUUUUUUUGUAAUCUCUCUUUCUUGUCACUCACGCUCCAACUGUUUCUUAACUACUGUAGAACUUUUGGGGUCAAUGCCCUGUCUGGCCCCUUUCCCAAGGAAAUUGGUUUGCUUACAGAAUUGAAAUCGCUUGGUAUUGGUCUAAAUAACUUUUCUGGUUCUAUACCAGCUGAGAUUGGGAAUUGUAAGAAACUACUGAAAUUCUACCUAGGAGAUUCUGGACUUACAGGGGGAAUACCUUUAUCAUUUGCUAAUCUUGUAGAGUUGGAGGACGCUUGGAUUCACAAUAUGGACCUUACUGGUCGGAUACCCGAAUUUAUAGGAAAAUGGACCAAACUUACGAUCUUGACAAUUUUCGGAACUGGUUUGAGUGGUCCGAUACCGUCGUCAUUUUCCAACUUAACUUCUCUUAAAGAAUUGAGGCUUGGUGAUAUAUCCAAUGGAAGCUCUUCUCUUGAAUUCAUUAAAGAAAUGAAAUCUCUAAGUAUAUUAGAAUUGAGGAACAGCAAUCUCACUGGGACAAUACCCUUUAACAUCGGGGAAUACUCAAAUCUGACAAAAGUUGAUUUAAGUUUCAACAAACUGCAUGGACCAAUUCCGGCUUCACUUUUCAACUUAAACCAACUUACUCACUUGUUUUUGGGGAACAACACGUUGAAUGGUUCUUUGCCCACUCAAAAGAUUGAGACUUUGAGCAAUAUAGAUGUUUCGUACAAUGAUUUGUCUGGUAGUCUUCCUUCAUGGGUCAGCUUACCAAACUUGAAACUCAACCUUGUUGCUAACAACUUCAUCUUGGAAGGUCUGGACAAGAGGAUUUUACCAGGACUGAAGUGCCUGCAGAAGAAUUUCCCCUGCAAUCGAGGCAAAGGAAUCUAUUCUGAUUUUUCAAUAAACUGCGGAGGCCCACAAAUACAGUCUGUAAACGGAGCAGUAUUUGAGAGAGAGGACGAGAAUCUUGGAGCAGCUUCAUUUUUCGUGAACGAUGUUCAGAGAUGGGCAGCCAGUAGUGUUGGACUUUUUGCCGAGAGAAUCAAUAAUGUAUGGGUUAUCAACACUGUAGACGCAGAGCUUUUUCAGUCAGCAAGACAUUCUUCAUCUUCACUACGGUAUUAUGGGUUGGGGCUAGAAAAUGGAGGCUAUACCGUAACACUUCACUUUGCUGAAAUAAAAAUUCUUGAUCCUAACUCUUGGAAAGGUCUAGGAAGACGAUGUUUUGACAUUUAUGUCCAGGGAAGACUUGUUGAAAAGGACUUUGAUAUACGCAAAACAGCUGGUGAAAAUACUGUUGUUGGAACAGUUCAGAAAGAAUAUAAAGCAAAUGUAUCAGAAAAUUACCUUGAAGUUCAUCUUUUAUGGGCUGGCAAAGGAACAAUUAGUGUUCCUAUUCUAGGUGUUUACGGGCCACUAAUAUCUGCCGUCAGUGCAAAACCAGAUUUUACACCAACUGUAGCUAACAAGCCACCAUCAAAGAAAAAGUAUAGGACUAGUAUUGUUGUGGGUGCUAUUGUUGGCCUAGGACUUUUGAGCAUCUUAGUAGGCGUUUUUAUCUUCAUCAUUCUAAGAAGCAGGAAACGUUAUACAGAUGAUGAAGAGCUGCUUGGUAUGGACGUAAAGCCUUACACUUUUGCAUACUCUGAACUUAAGAGUGCCACUCAAGAUUUCAAUCCCUCAAACAAGCUUGGAGAGGGAGGAUUUGGGUCUGUUUAUAAGGGAAACCUGAGUGAUGGAAGAGAGAUCGCGGUGAAAGUGUUGUCUGUUGGAUCCCGACAUGGGAAAAGACAAUUUGUUGCAGAAAUCGUAACAAUUUCUGCAGUUCUGCAUCGCAACCUAGUAAAACUUUACGGAUGCUGCUAUGAAGGAGAUCAUCGUUUGCUCGUAUAUGAGUACCUACCAAAUGGAAGUCUCGACCAAGCACUAUUUGGAGGUGAAAACACUUUACAUCUUGAUUGGUCAACCCGUUUUGAGAUAUGCAUGGGAGUAGCCAGAGGUCUAGCCUACCUCCAUGAGGAUGGGAGUGUUCGCAUAGUACACAGGGAUGUGAAGGCUAGCAAUAUUUUGCUUGACUCUAAGCUGCUCCCAAAAGUUUCAGAUUUUGGGCUUGCAAGGCUAUACGAUGACAAUAAAACCCAUAUGAGUACCAAAGUGGCAGGGACCAUUGGAUAUCUUGCGCCAGAGUAUGCCAUGCGUGGACACUUAUCAGAGAAAACAGAUGUGUAUGCCUUUGGUAUUGUGAUUCUUGAGCUAGUGAGUGGAAGACCAAACUCUGAUUGGAGCCUGGAUGAUGAAAGAAAAUAUCUUGUUGAAUGGGCAUGGAAUCUACACGAGAAAAGCCGUGAAGCUGAACUAAUCGAUCAUAAGUUGAUGGAGUUCAACAUAGAAGAAGUGAAACGCAUGAUAGGCAUUGCUCUGCUGUGCAUUCAAGCAUCUUAUGCCUUGAGACCACCGAUGUCAAGAGUGGUAGCCAUGCUUUCAGGAGAUGUUGAGGUCAAUGAUGUAACUUGCAAGCCAGGCUACCUAACUGACUGGAGUUUUGAUAACACCUCAAGCUCUUCUUUCAGCGCCUUUCAAACUAAAGACACAAGCGCUUCUUCUUCGUCCUACUCCACGAGCUUUGUGACGCCCAAAGACGGGGACUUUAAGCCAAUGCUUGGACUCAAGAUCAAUGAGGGGAGAUGACAAUGUUUCCUCUUAUCUACUAUAGACCUUUGUAUAUGUAUUUCUUCGUUGGUUGGAAAAACAUACAGUAUUUCACUUGGAUUCAAUAACAGAUUUUGAUGUGUUGAAAGAAUUUGAUGAUCGUCAAUCGUGACUUCGUUAUUGAUGUUGAAAGUUGAAACCC